GGACCCCCCCCCCCCCACCCUCUCUCACCGCCCCCUCCCUCCACAGCCCGGAGGACAGCGCUCAGAAAUGCCGGAGCCCACAAAGAAAGAUGAGGUGGCCAAUGGCCCGCCGGAAGAGAAUCAUGCCCCGCCCCCUGAGGCUAAUCAGGCUCCGCCCCCCGAGACUACGGAUCAAGAACCCGCGGAUGCUAAGACGGAACCUGUGGAUGCAGAGCUGAAGGCUCCUGUAGAUGCUGAGCAGGCCCCUGUAGAUGCUGAGCAAGCACCUGUAGCUAAUGGGGAAGCCCCCGUAGAUGCUGAACAGGGCCCUGUAGCUAAUGGGGAAGCCCCUGUAGAUGCUGAGCAAGCCCCUGUAGCUAAUGGAGAAGCCCCUGUAGAUGCAGAACCAGCUCCUGUAGCUCCAGAACCAGCCCCUGUUGUGGCAGAACCAGCCCCUGUAGCUGCAGAACCAGCCCCUGUAGCUGCAGAACCAGCCCCUGUAGCUGCAGAACCAGCCCCUGUAGCUCCAGAACCAGCCCCUGUAGCGGCAGAACCAGCUCCUGUAGCUCCAGAACCAGCCCCUGUAGCUGCAAAACCAGCUCCUGUAGCUCCAGAACCAGCCCCUGUAGCUGCUGAACCAGCCCCUGCAGAUGCUAAGAAGAAACUUCCUUUCGCCGCUAAAAAGAAGCUUCCUGUAGCUACUAAAAAGAAAGUGACCGUAGAUACUAAGCAGAAGCUUCCUGUAGCUACUAAAAAGAAGGUGCCUGUAGAUGACACAAAGCAGAAGCUUCCCGUAGCUGCUGAGCAGAAGCUUCCUGUAGAUGCUGAGCAGGCCCCUGUAGCUGCUGAACCAGCCCCUGUAGCUGCUGAACCAGCCCCUGUAGCUGCUGAACCAGCCCCUGUGGCUGCUGAAUCAGCGCCUGCAGAUGUUGAGCAGAAGCUUCCUGUAGAUGCUGAACUGACCCCGAGCAAACCCACUGACGCUGAGCGGUCCCCGCUGAAGGUGGAGGUGGAACCAGUUAUUGUGGUUACCCCGUCUCAAGAUGUCGCGGACGAUGACGCUGCCAGAACCUCAUCGCCGCAGCUUCCGACAGAUGAUAGCGUCUCCCGCGCAGCCCAAGGAAGGAAGGACUCAGUGUGGUCCCUGGGAGAGGGCCAGCCUCCGGAGGACGCCGACAAGCAGCAGAACAACUCGGAGCUCUCCACCCUGCUGAUCGAGAAGCCCCAGGGCGGCUCCAUCACCGUGGGGGGGGACAUCACGUUCGUUGCGAAGGUGGAGGCCAAGGACCUGCUGAGGAAGCCCACCAUUAAGUGGUUCAAAGGGAAGUGGAUGGACCUGGCCAGCAAGACCGGCAAGCACCUGCAGCUGAAGGAGAGCUUCGACCGGCAGACCAAGAUCCACACUUUCGAGAUGCACAUCAUCAAGGCCAAAGAAAACUACGCUGGGAACUACAGGUGCGAGGUCACCUGCAAGGACAAGUUCGACAGCUGCUCCUUCGAUUUGGAGGUCAAAGAGGCUGCAGAUGCCUCUUCAGCCAUGGAUAUCCGAUCAGCUUUUAAGAGGAGCAAUGAAGGACAAGAAGACGCAGGCGAGCUUGACUUUAGUGGUCUCCUUAAACGUAGGGAGCCGAAGCACCAGGAGGAGGCCCCGCAGGUGGACGUUUGGGAGAUCCUGAAGCACGCCAAGCCCUGCGACUACGAGAAGAUCGCCUUCGAGUACGGCAUCACGGACCUGAGGGGGCUGCUCAAGAGGCUGAAGAAGACCAAGAAGGUGGAGAAGAAAAGCGAAGCGUUCGCCAAGAAGUUGGAUCCGGCCUACCAGGCCGACAAAGGCGGGAAGAUCCGGAUGGUGGUAGACCUGGCCGACCCCACCGUGGAGCUGAAGUGGUACAAGAACGGCCAGGAGAUCCGGCCAUCGCCCAAUUCAAGGAAGUACAUAUUUGAGCACAAGGGCACCCAAAGGAUCAUGAUCAUCAACAACUGCAACAGUUCGGACGAUGCCGCCUAUUCCGUCUCCGCCGGAAACGAGAAGUGCUCAACGGAGCUGUUUGUGAAAGAGUUACCGGUGACCGUAACCAAAGAGUUGACAGAUGUUUCUACAACAGUGAACGAGCGAAUUGAGUUGGAAUGUGAAGUGUCUGAAGCAGGAGCUCAAGUGAAAUGGCUUAAGAAUGGUGUGGAAGUUCCAACCGGGGUGCGGUCACGGUACCGCGUGAAGUGUGACGGGACCAAGCACUUCCUGAUCAUCGAGGACGCCUCGUUGGAGGACAAGGGAACCUACUCCAUCAUGGCCUCCGGGGGCACCAGCGAGGCCAAAAUUAAGGUGGACCUGAAGCCGCUGAAGAUUUUUCAGGACCUCACUGACCAGACGGUUCGUCUGGGGCAGCCCCUCAAGCUGCACUGCGAGAUCUCCCCGGGGAACGUCGCCGGCAACUGGUACAAGAACGGCCAGCUGCUCCAGCCCAGCGACCGCGUGAACAUCCUGCACAGGGCCAAGAACCACAGGCUAGAGAUAGCAGCUGCCACGAUCCACGAUGCUGGGGAGUACACGUUUGUGCUGGAGGGGUAUACUGACGGCCUCGCUUGCAAAGUCAACAUCAUAGAUCCCCCUAGGGUGCACCUCGAGAGCCUGAACUUCCCCGACAACACCGUGACCAUCGUGGCAGGAAACAAGCUGCGCGUGGAGGUCCCCAUCACUGGAGAACCCAUACCCAGGGUGGUGUGGACGAAGGGGGAGAGGGUGAUCCUGGAGACUGGGAAUCGGAUUCGGGCAGAGACGUUCGCCGACUGCACCAGCCUCACCAUCGACGUGGCGGAGCGGGAGGACACGGGGAACUACAACAUCGUGCUGCAGAACGAGGCGGGGGAGGACAAGGCCACCAUCAAAGUCAAGGUCGUGGACAUUCCUGACCCCCCUGAGCCCCCAAUAAUAACUGAGAUUGGAGGAGACUGGUGCUCAAUGAUCUGGGAACCCCCCAUCUAUGAUGGAGCAUCACCUAUCUUAGGGUACUUCAUUGAGAGGAAGAAGAAGCAGAGCUCCAGGUGGAUGAGGCUGAACUUUGACCUUUGCGUAGAGACCACCUUUGUGCCCAAGAAGAUGAUCGAGGGGGUUCCCUACGAGGUUCGAGUGUCUGCCGUGAACGCCAUCGGCCCGUCUCGCCCCAGCGAACCCUCCAAGUCGUUCGUGCCCCUGGCGGUGACCAGCGAGCCCACCAUGCUGGUGGUUGAUGAUGUCACGGACGACACGGUGACGAUUAAAUGGCGGCCCCCGGAGACCAUUGGCGCCGCAGGGCUGGACGGGUACACCGUGGAGUACUGCCUUGAAGGGACGGAGGACUGGAUCAUGGCUAACAAGGAGCUGAUUGACAAAACCAGGUACACAAUCAAGGGGUUGACCCCCGAGACCAAGAUUAAAGUGAGGGUGAAGGCAGUCAAUGCAGCAGGAGCCAGCGAACCCCGGACUCUCCAAACCGCUAUCCUGGUCAAAGAGGUCGUAGAAAAUCCUAAGAUCCGUCUGCCGAGGCACCUGAAGCAGACUUACACUCGCAAGGUUGGAGAGGUCGUUAAUCUAGUCGUACCCUUCCAGGGGAAACCACGGCCCAAGGUCACCUGGACGAAGGAGGGGAAGGAAGUGGAUCACACGCAGGUGAACAUCCGCAACACGGACUGCGACAGCAUCAUCUUCAUCCGCAAAGCGGAGAGGAAGCACUCGGGGAAUUAUGAGAUGACUGUGAAGGUGGAGAACUUUGUGGACACCGCCAUCUUGGACAUACAGAUCGUGGACCUCCCCGGACCCCCGAGCACCGUGAAGAUUGCGGAUGUGUGGUGGGAGAAUGUAUUUCUGGAAUGGACCCCCCCAAAGGACAAUGGCAACGCUGCAAUAACAGGAUACACCAUCCAGAAGGCUGACAAGAAGACUAUGGAGUGGUAUACGUAUCUGGAGCACUACCACCGCAACUGCAUCACCGUCUCAGACCUGGUGGUGGGUAACGAGUACUUCUUCCGCGUGUUCUCGGAGAACAUGUGCGGCCUGAGCGAGACCGCCACGGCAACCAAGGACAGCGCGUUCAUCGCCAAGGAGGGCCUCAACGUGAAGGCUCCGGACUUCAAGGAUCACGACUUCAACGAGGCCCCUCAGUUCACUCAGCCGCUGGUCAACACCUUCGCCAUCGCCGGGUACAACACCACGCUCAACUGCAGCGUCCGCGCCAACCCCCGGCCCAAGGUGCAGUGGAUGAAGAACAAGAUGAUCAUCGUGGACGACCCGCGCUACCGCAUGUUCAGCAACCAGGGCGUGUGCAGCCUGGAGAUCCGCAAGCCCAGCCCCUUCGACGGCGGCAUGUACUCCUGCAAGGCCGUCAACACCCUGGGCGAGGCGCAGGUGGAGUGCAAGCUGGAGGUCAAAGGGAAUUUCACCUUCUGUGAUCUCAUGAAGAGGGGAGUGCCGCUGAACCUGAUUGACAAGUACAUGAACGAAUCCAGAAACCCUGAGCCGGAGAGGAAGUGACUGUGCUGACCACGGCCACGCCCAGGGUUUCUUCACACAUCGUCACAGCUCGAGCGCCUCUCUCGCUUGGAAAUUGGCUGGGAGGAGAAGGGGGGAGGGGUUUUAGGCAUGACACGCUAUGACAGCUAGAAACCAUAGUCACCACAGUGGAAUCCCUCCAUCAUUGGCUGUUGCACUGCCUACGUGUUUUGAAGUGGGGAUUUAAAGGGGCGGAUUUCAUGUCUGAAGCAUGUUAACAGACAGUUACCUUUGCUGUUAGUAGUAGGGCUUAAUGUUACACAUGAUAUUAGGAGACGCUUCCUCUUUUUGACCUAUUCAGGUUUUUCGAAAGAUUUUUCACGAAAAGGCAAAAUUUAAAAUGAAGCUGUGAACCCAUAUUUUCAGGAUUUCCUUUUUGGUUCUCAUUUGAAUUGUGAUUUUUUUUUUCUUUCUUCCAGUUAGUCUCCAGCUUUCUCUGCCAAAAACAACAGUGUUGCGAGUUUGUGCAGACCUAAAACAUGCGUUUACCUGAAAGAGAUGUAUGCUGCAAUUGUGCCCGAUUUUAUUUUAACUCACUGUUCUAAAUAGCGUAGCCAAGAUAGUCCUGAGGUUUGAGCACUUAUGCAAAUGGAAAAUUUAAAAUAAUUUCAAAAAAAUAAUAAUUUUCUCCAGCUGCAUGACUUGUGUAUACUCGCUUUCCCAGUGUCUAUCCAUGUCCCGUCUCCCUGUUCUCAAAUUCUGUUGUUGCGGAGGGGUGGGUGGGUGUUGCAGUUUUUAAAAUUCUUGUCAGUGAGGUUUCUCUUCUGUAGCUGUUAUGGACUCUGGUUUGAGAUGUCAGCUCAGCUUAGACAUUGAAGCGUGUGUUUCACCUAACGGACUCCUGUGUAAUUCAUACUAAUAAA